AUGGCUCAAACCAGCACUUCUCAGCCAAAUCUUUGGAAGCCUCGGUAUGCGGCCAAGCAACAUCAGGAAAAACCACAGCCUGCUCAGCAGUUCACGCGAUCAAGGUCUCUGAGAGAGCCAUUCGACCCUGCAGAACUCACGCGCAAGUUGGAGAAUUAUCGUCAAGAACUCAAGCUGGAGAAGGCACGACGUGAGUUGGCGAACAAGAAGCUGGCAGAAAAAGCAGACAAGGCAGAAAAAUCCCUGGGCUCAGCACAACCGCCGCCAGCUCAAAAGGACGUCAGCAGUACAACAUCAGGAUUGAAUGCAGGUGCUGGAGUGAAGCGUGCACAAUCCGUGUCUGCACUCAAGAAUCUCUCGGUCAACGAACAACCCGAACGUAGAAGAUCCAUCAUCCACCGAAGCCGCAAACAAUCAGCCCAAGAAGACACUCCCAUCGAGCCCGCCAAGCCUUUCGUCCCUCGAGUGGCAGCCAAACAAUUCGCCAACACCACAACCCCUAUCAAGGAGAAGAGCGAAACAGCAAAAGCAUCCUCANNCACCAAGCACCAGAGCCCAAGCCUAAAGAAGUCAAAGCCAAANGUGAAAGACACAUCCAACAAGCACGUACUCGACUGGAAUGAGCCCUCUAUUCACACAAAGCCUGCUUCACCGCCUCCCCCUCAGCUCCUNGAAUUCCCCGAUGCAGAAAGAACUCAGGCACGCAUUCACGCUCUCCACGCCUUCCGCGACGCCUCCAAAACCGGCCGCCCAAGACCUCUCAGCACCGCACUAGAAAACAUGCGCGAAUGGGACGCUGUCGACAAUGUCUACUCCAAACAUGCAAUGCCCGUCCACGAAGAACCAGAAGCCACAUCUACAUAUGUCCCUCCCGCCUACCGCCCAGCCCUCAAAGCAGCAGAUCGCCAUGAUUGGGCUCAAGGCAGUCAGUGUGGUGACAGUGCAAGACAAUCCCUGCAUCUAUUCCGCAAGAAGGAUUCUGCGCAUGAGGAAGCAGAGAUGGCCGGUUUGAAGGCUAGCAUGAGACCAUCACCAAAGCCGAGACAGAAGAGUCAUGGUGAUGCUUCCGAUCGUCUUGUUGGUGAUGCUGUCAAGCAAAUUAGAGAGGAACGACGAAGAAGCAGUAUCCUGAACAUGUUUAGAAGGCAUUAG